GCACAUGCAAUAUAUGAGAGCCCAAAUCUUUGAUACCUUCUAUAGUUCGAGCCUCCUUCUUUUAAGUUCCUCGACCUAAUGGAUUAUCAUUUUUCUUCCAAUUUGCAAGCUGUUUUAGGGCUUUUAGCCUUUGUGUUCUUGUCCAUAAUCUUACGGAGAAGAAAGACAUUCACUACCAAAAAAUUAGCCCCUGAAGUCCCUGGAGCAUGGCCUAUCAUAGGCCACCUCCUUCAGCUGAGUGGUACGGGUGAGAACAUCCCAUUUGCUCGGACUUUAGGGGCGUUGGCCGAUAAAUAUGGACCUAUUUUCACUUUGAGAAUGGGGAUGUAUCCCUGUUUGGUAAUCAGCAAUUGGGAAGCAGCUAAAGAUUGUCUCACAACUCAUGACAAGGAUUUCGCGGCCCGACCAACAUCCAUGGCUGGCCAAAGUAUUGGUUACAAGUACGCGAGGUUCACUUAUGCUAAUUUCGGUCCUUAUUAUAAUCAAGUGCGCAAGCUGGCCUUAACGCAGGUACUCUCGAGUACUAAACUCGAGAAAAUGAGGCACAUACGUAUCUGUGAAGUGGAAAAUAGCAUCAAAGACUUAUAUUCUUUGACGCAGGUAAAAAAGAAUGAAGUGAUCAAUAUAAGCGAAUGGUUUCACCAAUUGACUUUGAACAUAAUAGUGAAGACCAUAUGUGGGAAAAGAUACAACAAAAUAGAGGAAGAUGAGGAGGCAAAACGUUUUAGGAAGGCCUUUAAGGGCAUCAUGUAUGUUGUCGGGCAAAUUGUUUUAUAUGAUGCAGUGCCUUUUCCAUUGUUCAAAUAUUUUGAUUUCCAAGGGCACAUAAAAUUGAUGAAGAAUAUUUAUAAAGACUUGGAUUCUAUUCUUCAAGGUUGGUUGGAUGACCAUAUGAAAAAGAAGGGUGUAAACAAUCACGAGGAUGAAGAUGCCAUAGAUGCUAUGCUUAGGGUGACAGAUGUUAAUGAAUUCAAAGCCUAUGGCUAUUCUCAGGCCACCGUCAUCAAGUCAACUGUCUUAAGUUUAAUCUUGGAUGGCUCUGAUACAACAUCUGUUCAUUUGAUAUGGAUAAUGUCCUUAUUGCUGAACAAUCCACAUGCUAUGAAACAAGCCCAAGAUGAGAUAGAUACAAAAGUGGGUAAAGAGCGAUGGGUCGAAGAAAGUGACAUAAAAAAUUUAGUGUACCUUCAAGCUAUUGUUAAAGAAACAUCGCGCUUGUAUCCACCUGUUCCCUUACUAUUACCACACGAAGCAGUACAAGAUUGUCAAGUGGCUGGUUACGACAUUCCAAAAGGUACUCGUUUAUAUAUUAAUGCGUGGAAAAUACAUCGCGAUCCUAACAUUUGGUCGGAACCUGAAAAAUUCAUGCCAGAGAGAUUUUUGACAAGCAAAGCAAAUACAGAUGCCCGCGGUCAGCAUUUUGAAUUCAUUCCGUUUGGUUCUGGAAGACGAUCUUGUCCAGGAAUAACCUUUGCGACCUUACUGACACAUUUGACUUUUGCUCGUUUGCUUCAAGGUUUUGAUUUUAGUAAAUCAUCAAACAAGCCAAUAGACAUGACAGAAGGUGUAGGCAUUACCCUGCCUAAUGUAAAUCAAGUGGAAGUUCUGGUUACCUCUCGUUUGUCUUCUAAGCUUUAUGUAUUUUGAUAGUGUAAAUUAUCUGACAUGGGUGUAAUAAUUGAUGUUUUAAUCUGUUUCUGAUAAAUUUUAUUACUUGAAUAAAUGUGUAACUUUUAUAUAAAUGCAAGAUUGAUUAUUAAGUUCUAAGCUUCCAUACUA